GAUCUAGGUGUGAACAGCUUAGAGCAGCUCUGCAUCAAUUUUGCCAAUGAGCAUCUCCAGCGUUUUUUCAGCCAGACUGUCAUUGCCCAGGAGAAGGCCACUGACCACACUUUCCUCCAGAAGUGUCAUUACCAUCAUGGAAACAGCCCUUGGUACACCAAGCCCAAGUUGCCUUUGCCAGUCUUCACUGUGAAGCAUUAUGCAGGUCCUGUCACCUAUCAGGUCCACAAGUUUCUUAAUAAAAACCGUGACCAGCUGCGUCCAGAGGUGCUGGAUAUCUUCUCUCAGAGCCGCCUCAAGGUGGUGUCUCACAUUUUCCAGAAGGCUAAAGCUGCCUAUAGUCAGCAAAGGGAGCUGGGGACCAGAGGCAAAGGGCUCAAGCCUCAGGCCUCCACACUGGUGUCCAAAUUCCAGCAGUCUUUGCAGGACCUCACAGCCAAGUUGAGGAGAAGCCACACCUUCUUCAUUUGGUGCAUCACCCCUAAUCCCAAAAAGCUGUCAAAUAUCUUUGAUGUGGAGUAUGUCACUUGUCAGCUGCGACAUUCUGGGAUACUGGAGGCUAUCCACAUUAGAAAGGAGGGAUACCCAGUCCGUCUUCCAUUCCAGAACUUCCUAGCCAGGCGGCUCCGUGUCCUCCAGGAGAAAGUCACAAUCAUUCAGGCUCACUUCAGAGGUUACCAGGCAAGGUCAGGAGUCAAAGGCCUGGAUGUGGGACUGCUGGAGAUCCCAGCAGAGCUUGCUGCCCUCCUGCAGCUAGCUGAAGGUCAAUACCGAGCACAGGCCAACCAGAUAACUGAGACAUUACCUCCAGAAGUCAAGGUCAAAGAUGACCUUUCCCUCCCACCCACCAUCAACAGCUAUCCUUUCUCCUCCUUCAUUAAGUCACACUUCCAGAAGACAGAUUUCCCUGCCCCUGGUCAGCCUCUGCAGCACUCCUUAACCCAUCUGGACACCGAAUACCAGGAUAGCGCACUUGAGAUCAACAAACUGAUCUUGCGGUUCAUUGGUGACAAGAAUCUCCAUGGCUGGCAGGAGGUACUUCUGGGCAACUAUAUUGCUAGAAGAGGUUUGAAUAAUGUAGCUCUGCGCAACGAAAUCUUCAGUCAAGUGGUUGCCCAGACAUGGAAAAACCCAGACAUGGAGCACAGCCAGAGAGCCUGGGUCCUGAUGGCGACUUUGCUGAGCUGCUUUGCCCCUUCACCAGCACUGGAGAAGCCGUUGCUGAAAUUUGUGUCAGAUCGUGGCAUGGAGGGGUACAAUGCUGUUUGCCAGCGCAAGAUCUUGACAGCAGCACAGUACACAGAGAUAGACUCUACAUUGUCUCGGGCCUACCCUCCCACUCAGCUGGAGUGGACUGCAAACCGGAGGAGAGGGAAGAUGGUGCUGGAUGUUCAUACCUUUAAUGAGGAGAAGUUCUCAGCUGAGGUGGAGUCCUGGAUGACUGGGGAGCAAUAUGCAGGCUGGCUCCUAACUGCAAGGGGCUGUGACAAGAAGUCUCGAGGGUGGUCUAUCUCCAUGUUUACUGGCAACACAUGGCAGGACCUGCUGGGCUGUGACUUUGUGCUGGAUCUCAUUGGAGAGAUGGAGGAGGCCAGCAACCUCAGCAGCCCCUCUCAGUCCUCAGCUGAUUACCCCAUCACUCCUGAAAGGGACAGAAGCUUCCUUCAGAACCCUGAUCUGGAUUCGAUCCCUCCUGCUCCAGUCAUCCAGGCCCCUACCUUCCCACCACCUAGCCUUCCUCUAGAAUUCAACAAUUUCCAUCCAGAUCCAAGAUUCAGAGAUGACCUAAGGACCCCUGUAGGCUUGGAUCACUAUGUGGAUGAUCUCUUCAGCACUGUGCUGCAUCAAGGCUCCAGAGUAUCAGAUAUGGAGAACAGGGAGAUGCUGACUGGACGAAUGAAAGGAGGUGGGAAGAUUGGACCCACACAGAGGGGAAUCUUUCAAUCUACAGGCUUCUCUGGAAUGACUCAAGCACCAGUUUACCAGCCCAUGCCUUCAAUGAUGGGGAUGCCAGCAGCCAUGCCUGUUAUGCCAGCAGCUGGUGGGAUUGCACCUAUGCCAGCCAUGGUUAUGCCCCAGCCUGUGGCUCCAGCUGUAGAUCCCAGUCAGUUAGCAGCACAACAGCAAGUCUUCAUCAACCAGCAAGCCAUGCUCAUGGCCCAGCAGAUGACCCUUCAAGCCAUGAACAUUUCCCAGCAGCAGCAGCAGCAACAGCAGCGGUGGCAACAGUCUCUUGAGAACUCAAGGCCAAGAGUCUCAAGUCCACCACACGCCCAAGCCCCAGCUCCAGCCUCAGUCCCAGCCACUUCCCGAAAACCCAAGACACCUCCCAGCAGCCACAAUGCUGCACCACCACCAAAGGCUCCAGAACCACCACCUAAGGCAGAAGAACCGGUUUAUGACUACACAGAAGACCAGUUCUCCAACAGUGAAGAUGAUGACUGUUCUCGGGAAACCUUCCAGCAGAAGAGAGAAUAUUUUCAGAAGAUGGCUGCUGCUCCCCCUUUGCCACCUCCUGAGCCAAAGCCAGAAAAGCAGACAACAAAAACGAAGAAGGAGCAACCUGUAGUGAAGCCGUCAGGCCCUGAGUCACGGCCUGCACCCAGCCGGGAGAUCCGCAACAUCAUCAAAAUGUACCAGAGCAGGCCAGCCCCUGAGCCCCAGCCUAUUGAGCCUGUCAGGAGAGUAUCCAAGCCAUUUGUGAAGAAGAAUGACCCCAAAAAUGAGGCUCUGGCCAAGCUGGGAAUGAUGAACCUCUCAUCUUCCAAAUCACCAUCCCCCAUGCCACCAGAGAAGAGAACACCGCCCAAGCCCAAGCCAGACUCAGCUUCCAGUUCUAUCAAGGAGAAGCAGUUGCCUCUCCCGUCCGUCUUCAGCCAGGAGACCUCUGCUGUAACACUAGCAGAUGAUGAUGGUAUCAAGACCCAGCUGUACAAACUCACUACCAGUGUCAGCUUUUCUUAUGUCAACCCUGCCUGGAAAAUCUUUCUGCGCAAAGAGGUGUUUUACCCUAAAGAAAAUUUCAGUCACCCUUAUUGUCUGAACUUGCUGUGUGAACAGAUCAUGCGUGACACCUUCUCAGAUUCCUGCUUUCGGAUCUCCAGGGAGGAAAAGCGCAAGAUGAAAGACCUGCUGAUGGAGUUCCGGGUUGGCAAUGAUGUCCAGUCCAUUCAGGAGGACGGGAUAAAGAAGAGGAUUGUACUUGCUGCUCGGGAUAACUGGGCUAACUAUUUCUCUCGUCUUUUCCCAGUUCAUGGUGAAAAUGGAAGUGAUGUCCAGAUCCUGGGUGUUUCUCACCGGGGCAUGCGGCUGCUGAAGGUGGUGAAAGCAGCUGGCUGUAAUUCUGAGCACCUGAAGAUUCUUUGCAGCUAUAGCUUUGCAGAUGUGCUGUCAGUGGAACUGAAGGGCAGCAAUGCCCUGGAGUUCUCUCUGAAGACAGAGCAGCUCUUCCUGCACUCUCCAAAGGCUCCGUGCAUCAAGGCCAUGGUGGAACUCUUCAUCCAGGAGCUGAGGCAGGAUACCAACUACGUCGUUGCUCUGCGCAGCUACAUCACGGAUGACAAGAGCCUUCUUAGCUUCAAGAAGGGUGACCUCAUUGAAUUACUGCCCAUGCAAGGCGUGGAGCCAGGCUGGCAGUUCGGCUCCACUGGUGGCCGCUGUGGUAUUUUCCCCACCAGCCUGGUGCAAUUGGCUGCAGCCCCUGAUUACCUCAGCACCAGCAUGGACAGACAAAAGAGCAUGAAAUAUUCCCCAGAGAGCAGGAACACCAGCAGGGAGAGUUCUGUUCCCAGCCUGACAUCAGAACCCAACAGCAUCAUGUUAGUUCCUGCUGGUGAUCAUUAUACCAUGCUUGACUUCGCCACAGCCUACUUCCGAGAGGCUCAGUCCAUGCAGGGACUGAAGAGGACGUCUGCUGAAAAGAAGAGUGCAGCUGACCUGGUCCGGCACACCAAGGUCCCAAUCCAGGAGUCUUUGCUCCAGUACUGUGACAGUGAGCUGAAUGAGCUUGCUACAAAGAACUUCAAGACUCUGAUGCGGUUCAUGGGAGAUCAAUCAAAACUCAAGAACCAGAAUGAGGUUGAAUGCAUCUAUGAAAUCCUUCAGCUGUGCAAGGAGAAAGAGAGUUUACAUGAUGAGGUCUACUGCCAGGUCAUCAAACAGGUCACCCACAACCCUAACCAGGAGAGUGUGCUGCGUGGUUGGUUGCUCCUAAACUUGCUAACUGGGUACUUCCUCCCUUCUAACAUCCUGCUGCCCUAUGCCACCAAGUUUCUGCAGCUAGCCAGCAGUGAUCCAUCUAGCACCCACCAUGAUAUAGCCAAGACCUGUGAGAGCAACCUGAGGAAAAAUUUCAUGUACGGGGGUCGUCGCCACCUUCCUUUCCCUGUGGAGUUAGAGGCAUUGCUGGUGGCCAAGGAGCUCUUGCAGGAGAUUUGUGACCAGAUGGGGGCAAGCGAACAGGAAGAGAUACAGGAAUUUGUUCUUUUUGCCGUCAGGAGUGACAGCAAUAAUCUCGAUAAAACGGUGAGGCCGAUAAGAUCAGAGGAGUAUCUUCAUGAUUACCUGCUGGAGGACAAGUUGGUUACUGUGACUUUGCGCAGGCUCAUCUGGAGGACACCUCUGCACUUUGAGAACAAAAUUUAUAUUGAUGUCCAUUAUGGACAGAUGCUGUGGGAUUACCUGAAUGGGCGGAUACUGUUGAGCCAUAGUAAAGAAUCGGAGAUGCAGGUGGGCAUUCUGGCAAUGCUCCAGCACUGGGCCAAAACAGAGCAGCAGAACUCUGCUCCCUCCAGGGAAGAGCUGAAGGAGUACACGCCAAAGAUCCUGCAAUCCUCCAUCAGUCCCCAGGCUCUGCAGAACCACAUUGGCAUGGUGCUGAGAACCAGGCAGCCCCUCCAGCCAGUGGAUGCAAAAAUCCAGUUCAUAGAACAUGUGAUGAAAUUGCCUUUCUUUGGCUACAACACCUACUUUGUAGAGAGAGUCAGCGAUGAAACAAUCCCUGUGCCCUGUUUCUUUGGCGUGAAUAAAGAGGAGAUCAUUGUGGUGGAUGGCACCACCCAGGCAGUCUCCUGCAUCAUUCCAUUGAAAGAGGUGCAGAAGAUACGAACCCUGCGGCCUAUCUCCGAUGGUGGACUUCCUGGCAUAGAACUGAAUUAUGGCUCAGCUGCCAGCCCCAAGACUAUGUGGCUUGAACUGUCACAGGCUAAAGAAAUGUAUCACAUAAUUGUUGUCAUCCUGGAUAAAACUGAGUUGCACCACUAA